UAUAAGGCAGUUUGAGCCGCCCAUAGCCGCCGGUAUUUAGCUACAUUACAUUACCAAGCAGGUUUCUGAGUCCCCAGCCUGGAUAGUGUUCCGGUUCCGGGUGCGUCCCGUUUUCUGCCAUAUUUAGUGCUGUAUCUGCCUUCACGCGUUUGUACUGUAGUUACGGUGCCCCGGGGAAUGCUCUUCUUUUUAGUACCUCUUACUUAGGCACGGUUUUUAAGGGUAAGGUUAGCGUUUCGUUGGAGAAGUGUCCUACACCGGCAGAAAGAUGACGACAAGAUCGGAAAGGGAAAAGGCCCAGAAACUCAAUGAGCAGCACCAGGCCAUCCUGUCCAAAAUGCUGAGGGAAGAGGACAACAAAUACUGCGCCGACUGUGAGGCGAAAGGUCCGCGAUGGGCCUCCUGGAACCUGGGCGUGUUCAUCUGCAUCCGCUGCGCGGGGAUCCACCGGAACCUGGGGGUGCACAUAUCACGCGUCAAAUCCGUCAACCUGGACCAGUGGACCGCCGAGCAGAUCCAGAGCAUUCAGGACAUGGGCAACACCAGGGCCAGGCAGAUGUACGAAGCCAGCCUCCCCGACAGCUUCAGACGACCUCAGACGGACCAGGCCGUGGAGUUCUUCAUCAGGGACAAGUACGAGAGGAAGAAGUACCACGACAAGAACGCCUCCAGCGUCCCCAGCAGGUCCUCUGAUGCUGCCGUUUCCUCUCCCUCCUCACAAGUGGCUGAGAGAAGCAAGCUGGAGAAGGAGAAAGAGAAGAGGGAGGAUAAGAGACGAGAGAAGGAACCGGACAAAGGGAGCAAACCGCCGUCCUAUGAGAAACCUCAGAAGAGGGAGGAGCCGCAGCCAGAACCCAAAGCCAGCCCCGCGAAGAGCGCCGAGCCAGCCAUCGACCUGCUCGGCCUGGACACCCCGGCGGUCUCUGCUGCCAACGGCCCCUCCGCCACGGCGACCCUCAGCGACGACCUCGACAUCUUCGGGCCCAUGGUGUCCAACCCCCUCCCCUCCACCCACACACAGUUCUCUCAGGCCAGCUCCAGUGAUGCUGCAGGUGUCCCGGCGACCGCAGGAACAGGAAGUUCCGCCCCCGCCCAGGGAGAUCUGGACCUCUUCAGCGAAAGCAGCUCCAAAGCAGACGACUCGGCCAAGAAGCUGCUGUCCAAGGACUCCAUCCUGUCCCUGUACAGCACCAGCAGCAUGGGCCAGCAGCCUGCGCAGGCUGCCAUGUUCAUGGGACCAUCCCCAAUGCAGUUCCCCACCCAGCCCCCCCCCUCCACCUACCAGGGCUUCCCCGGGAUGGGCGGAGCCAUGCCCCCCACCACCAUGAUGGGGGCGGUGCUGGGGCAGGGCGCGGCCAUGAUGGGGCAGAACGCGGGCAUGAUGGUCGGCAUGACGAUGCCCAACGGCUUCAUGGGAAACGCGCCGGCCGGGGUGAUGGGGCUGGCGCCCGGGGUGAUGGGGGCGCAGGCGGGGGGCAUGGUGCCCCCCCCCCAGAACAUGUACGCCAUGCAGCCGGGCCAGCAGGGGCAGUGGAACAUCGGUCAGGUGAACCAGCAGAUGUCCGGGCUGGCCCUGAACGGGGCGGGGGGGGCCGUGGGUUUCGGACAGCCGGGCACCGCCAUGGGGGGCUGGGCACCGCCACCCUCGGGACAGACCCUCAGCACGCAGCUGUGGAAGUGAGCUCCGGAGGGACGGGUGCGUGGAGGGGGGG